CUGUCAGAGACAUGCUUUGGCAGUGAGUUUCAUCUCUUUUCAGUUCUUUCUGGGUCCAAGCAGAGAACACUGAGGAGCUUAAAUCCACUAUAAAUAAGGGGCAGCCAAAACCCAGAAGAAGAAAUCAUGAGUGGCAUUGGUAUCGAUAGGAGAUUCGAACCCAGAAAUUCCUACAAUGGUGACGAGCGGCGAUUGGCCGCAGAAGGCGAAGAAGAAGAAGAGGAAGACGACGAUGGCGGAAAUGGGAGAGGUAUGGAAGCGUGGGAGAGAGCAUAUGCGGACGAGAGAUCUUGGGAGUCUCUUCAAGAGGAUGAGUCCGGCCUUCUUCGCCCCAUCGACAGUAACGUUCUUCAUCACGCACAGUAUCGUCGCCGCCUCCGUUCCCUAUCCUCAUCUACCGCAUCCUCCAGAAUCCAGAAGGGCCUCAUUCGCUAUCUUUACAUUGUCAUCGAUCUUUCUAGGGCAGCUGCAGAAAUGGAUUUCCGACCAAGUCGGAUGGUUGUAGUUGCAAAACAUGUAGAGGCCUUUAUUAGAGAGUUCUUUGAUCAGAACCCACUUAGUCAUAUUGGCCUGGUAACUAUAAAAGAUGGAGUUGCUCAGUGCUUAACAGAUUUAGGUGGCAGUCCCGAAUCCCAUAUAAAGGCAUUGAUGGGUAAACUGGAGUGCUCAGGUGAUUCCUCUCUACAGAAUGCUCUAGAUCUUGUUCACGGCUAUCUGAACCAAAUCCCAUCCUAUGGUCAUCGUGAAGUCUUAAUCUUGUAUUCUGCUCUCAGUACCUGCGAUCCAGGGGAUGUAAUGGAGACUGUCCAGAAAUGCAAGAAAUCCAAAAUAAGAUGUUCAGUUGUUGGUCUUUCUGCAGAAAUUUAUAUAUGUAAACAUAUCUGUCAAGAAACUGGAGGAUCAUAUACAGUGGCACUGGAUGAGUCACAUUUUAAAGAGUUGUUAUUGGACCAUGCUCCUCCACCUCCUGCAAUAGCAGAAUUUGCUGUUGCUAAUUUGAUCAAGAUGGGCUUCCCACAAAGAGCAGCAGAGGGUGUUGUAUCUAUAUGUGCCUGCCACAAAGAAGCCAAGGUUGGUGGGGGCUAUACAUGUCCAAGGUGCAAAGCACGUGUAUGUGAGCUACCUACCGAAUGUCGGAUUUGUGGGUUGACUCUUGUUUCGUCUCCCCAUUUGGCUAGGUCAUAUCAUCAUCUGUUUCCCAUAACACCAUUUGAUGAGGUGCCUCCCUCCCUUUUGAACAAUCCACAGAACCAGUUACCAAGAACCUGUUUUGGUUGCCGGCAGUCUCUUCUCCAUUCUGGAAAUAAAUCCAGCUUUCGUGUUGCUUGCCCAAAGUGCAACCAGCACUUUUGCCUUGAUUGCGAUAUUUAUAUCCAUGAGAGCUUGCAUAAUUGCCCGGGUUGUGAGAGCCUCCGACGAUCAAAUGUAAUGAAUUCAACUAAAGUAUGAUCGACUGCUGCAGGCAUGUCUGCAGUUAGCAUUUGUUCAGAAGAGUGUAUAAUUCACAGACGACAUUCAAAUCUCAUGGGAGGACAUUUACAGUGCUAGAGGUUCCCCUGCAUCACCUUCGAGUUACAAUGUCUACCUUGCUCACUUGGAUACACUGACAAGAUUGAUGUAGCGAUGAUAAUCACCAUUUUUGGAGAAUAGUUCAAUUAGAUAAAUCAAUACUCAAACAUAUUAUUUAUCCAUUUGCUCUUGGAUUUUGAGGUUUACUUUUGUACUACGUUUUACAUUUCAAUAAUUAGAAAAUUCCUUUUCUUCUUCUCUCCCCCCA